AAUGAAACACUUUGUUUUGUUAGCCUUGAUAACAUGCAUUUAUGCAACAUCUAUAACUGAAAUGAAUGACAGACUUGCCUCGUAUAGUGAUCACCCUUUUGGAAAGUCAAUGAUCAAUUUAGUUUCUGCCAACAUGAAGACAGGAGGAUCCCUCAAUGAAUUAAAGCAACUCUUGUAAUAAAUUAAGGAUGAGCUCAUUUCUCUCACUUAGUUACAAGAUCAAGAAAAUGCCACAUUCACUCGUAGAAGCCAAGUUGAUUUGGCUAAAUUAUAAGCUACUUUAGAAUAAGCAUAAGCCGAUUUGGGCAAUUAAAGAUCAGAACAAACAAGCCUUAGCAAUGAAUUAACAACUCUUUAAACUAGAGUUAAAGAAGGUAAACUGUUUCUUUAUUAUUUAUUGCAGAUUAGGCAGCUUUAGAUAGAAAUAGUAGAGGAAGUGGUGAUGCUUAAUCUAGAUUGGAAGCAGAAAAUACAGAUUUUACAGCUAAGUAUCAAGACUACAGUGAUGCCAUUUUGGCUUGUAAGGAAGCAUAAAGAUUGCUCAUGAAUUUAAGAGGUGAAGGAGCAUCCCUUAUUUAGCUUACGUAAAUAUUCCUUCAAUAAUUCUUCUUAGUUAAGACACCAAGAGUAAUCUCUUAUAAACCAAAGAGAAUUUCUAAAAAAUCAAGGAAAUCUUGGAGGCUCACACUAAAAAGAGUUCUUUAACAUUGUUCCAGCCUAUUAUUGAAGGAUUAGCUGAAAUGACAACUAAAGUUAACCCAGAAACCCUUAAUAAUGUAUUAAGUUUGGUUGCUCGUUUGAUUACUGCCUUAUAGGAAGGACAAGAUCAACUUGAAGCAACUCACAAGACACAAGUAAAAUGCAGUUUUUUUUAAUUCUUAGAUUGAAAACUUGACUAGAUUAGGUGAUGACUUAAAAAACGAAAAAUAAACAUUACAAGUUUCAUUAGCCACUGCAAACAAUAGACUUAAGGAAAUAUAAUCUAGAUUGAAUGAAUUAGAUGGAUUAAUUAAUAUUUCAAAUGCUUUGGUAGAAGUCACCUAAUUAAACAUUUAAGAUGCUACUAAAAUUAAUGAAUUGGAAGACUCAGAAUACAGCAAUCAAAAGGUUAGUAGGUAUUAAAUUUCAAAAAAUUAAAUAGAUAAACCGAAAUUGAUAUCGUUGACAGAUUAAUCGAAUAUAUCAAUCAAAAAUUAUCUGAAUGAGUUGAAACAAUUAUAUACAAAUAAUAUUUCU